CACACGCAGCCCACUUACAUGCGCGUGCACGUUCUCGGUUAACUCGGCACUCGGCAGCACGCUCGCAGCGGCACACAGGACAGGGGGAAGAGUGUCGCGGACCGGCGGCGGCGACGUGAUGUGACCGAGAGCCGCGGCGCGAGGAACAUACAUACACGAGUGUCUCCGGAGGGUCUCCGGAUGUUUCCGUCUCGACCGGGCGAUCCACGACGAUGAACCUCACCGCGGGCAACGCGCACGGCAACGGCCUGCUCUACGCCGGCUUCAAUCAGGACCAAGGAUGCUUCGCCUGUGGCAUGGAGAACGGGUUCCGUGUGUACAACUGUGAUCCGCUGAAGGAGAAAGAGAGACAUGACUUCAGCGACGGGGGCCUCGGUUAUGUGGAGAUGCUCUUCAGAUGCAAUUAUCUGGCGCUGGUCGGCGGUGGAGUCAAGCCGAUGUACCCGACAAACAAAGUCAUGAUAUGGGACGACAUAAAGAAGCUGCCGGCAAUCACCCUGGACUUCAACGCGCCCGUGAAGGGGGUCAAAUUGCGGAGAGACAGGAUAGUGGUGGUGCUGGAGGGUGUCAUCAAGGUUUACACGUUCACGCAGAAUCCCCAACAGUUGCACGUGUUUGAAACCAAUCCCAAUCCGCGUGGGCUGUGCGUCCUGUGUCCGAACAGCAACAACUCCCUGCUCGCCUUUCCCGGGCGAAAGAACGGCCACGUUCAAGUUAUAGACCUGGCUAACACGGAGAAGCAGCCCCUAAAUAUAGAAGCACACGAAACGCCUUUAUCUUGCAUAGCUCUAAAUCUGCAGGGCACCAGGUUGGCCACUGCCUCGGAGAAAGGUACUUUGAUAAGAGUGUUCGAUACGCAGAACGGUAACAUGAUUAACGAGUUGAGAAGAGGAGCGAAUCACGCAAAUAUCUAUUGCAUAAACUUCAAUCACGACUCCACGUGGCUGUGCGUCGCCAGCGACCACGGCACCGUGCACGUAUUCGCCGUCGAGGAUCAGAAGCUGAAUCGUCAGUCUAGUUUAGCGUCCGCCACGUUCCUGCCAAAGUACUUCAGCUCGAGUUGGAGUUUCUGCAAGUUUCAAGUGCCGGGCGGUCCCCAGUGCAUGUGCGCGUUCGGCCAGGACAACAAUAGCAUCAUAGUGAUAUGCGCAGACGGUAGUUAUUACAAGUUCGUGUUCAACAACAAGGGCGAGUGCACGAGAGACUUUUACGCGCAGUUUCUCGAGUUGACCGAUGACAAAGCGUGAUUGGAGGAUACGUAACGGCGCGGUGAAUUCCCCGACCGCGCGACGAGAGACGACCUUCGUGUUCCUUCGUUGUUUUCCACUCAUUUCGGCUGAGUAAAAAAAAAAAAAAAAA